GACUCUAAGUGUCGCUUCACUUUUUUUAAUAGUGGAAAAAAUCGAGCGGGAAAUUAUCAAAUUAUAGUCUCGACGUCAAAAAUGUCAAACAAGGAAAUAGCUGGAAUUCCUAUUUUUUCUUUUGUUUCGUUUAUUUUGACAAUUGUGGCAUUUGUUGUCGACUUGAUUGGAUUUGCUGCCCCAUAUUGGUACUAUAUAAAGAUUUCAGGGACGUCUUAUUACGGAGGAAUAUGGCUUAACUGCCAGUCAUCAUCUGAAACCAACUGUAACACUUAUGUCAAUACUGAAACAUGGUUGGAGGCAGCUCAAGGUAUGGAGGUUCUAGGGUUUUUAUGUCUACUGGCAGCCCUUGUCACAGUAAUCGUCAAGUUAUUCGUCGUUAAAGACAAACCUGUCUUAAAAUGGGUCGUCGUAGGAUGUUUGGUUGUUGGAGCUGUGCUUAUCCUGAUUGGAGUGUGUUUAUUUGCUGGUAAAUCAGUUGAUGUGAUAACAGAAAAUCUUCAUUUUGCUUUUGCCUUUGCUAUAAUAGGAGCAAUGUUGGCAAUUGCAGCAGCUGUGUUGUUAUGCUUAGACAAAUCAUCCUGA